UUUGCAGCCACCGCUACGGCCUGACCCCACCGGGCACACAGCAGCCCUGGUCCAGUGGGCGUGACUAUGGAAAGCUGGCGCGUUGAUUCAUAGGGAAGCGCGCGCGAGGCCCAGCCCCCCGUCGGCGAUCGCAGGGCUGAACUCUGCGUGCGGGAAGGGCGGGAGGUGUGCAGCUCGGUAUGCAGCUCAGCUACGGCGGCGGUUGCAUGGAGCUCCCGGAGGAGGAGGAAGCGGAUUGGCUUUGCCCGGAGCCUGGCGGUCGUGGGAGCCACGCGGCGCCCGGGAGAGUCUCCUCCACCACUCUCGGAGCACAAUCAGGUCAUAACAAGACUCUGCCAUCAGGAAGUACAGCGCACAGGGUAAUUGUGCAUACUGACCUGGACUGCUUUUAUGCACAAGUAGAAAUGAUCCAUAAUCCUGAAUUAAGAGACAAACCUUUAGGUGUUCAGCAGAAAUACUUGGUUGUUACCUGUAACUAUGAAGCCAGGAGACUUGGAAUUCAGAAACUUAUGUCUGUCAGAGAUGCUAAAGAAAAAUGCCCAGAGCUAGUGCUAGUUAAUGGAGAGGACCUGACACAAUACAGAGAAAUGUCAUACAAGGUUACAGAGCUAUUGGAAGAAUUCAGUCCACUGGUAGAAAGACUUGGAUUUGAUGAAAAUUUUGUGGAUAUCACAGAGUUGGUAGAGAAGAGAUUAGCACAGCUGCAAAGAGAUGGCUGUUCCAAAGUGUCUGUGUCUGGUCAUGUGUAUAAUAAUCAAACUGUCAAUUUACAUGAUGUUAUGCAUAUAAGACUUAUCAUUGGAUCUCAGAUUGCAGCAGAGAUGAGGGAAGCCAUGUACAAUAGAUUGGGUCUUACAGGCUGUGCAGGAGUGGCCUCUAACAAAUUACUAUCUAAACUAGUAUCUGGCACCUUCAAACCAAAUCAACAAACAGUUCUUCUACCUGAAAGCUGUCAGGACCUAGUAGGUAGCCUCGAUCACAUCAGUAAAAUUCCUGGGAUUGGCUAUAAAACUACCAAGCGCCUAGAGUUGCUGGGUCUCAGCAGUGUGCGUGAUCUCCAGACCUUUUCACCUGUAAUACUAGCAAAGGAACUAGGAGUUUCAAUGGCUCAGCACAUUCAGAAGCUCAGUUAUGGAGAUGAUCACUCCCCUGUGGCCUCCUCUGGACCUCCUCAGUCCCUUAGUGAUGAAGAUUCUUUUAAAAAAUGUUCAUCAGAAAUGGAAGUUAAAAAGAAAAUUGAAGAACUACUUGCGAACCUUUUAGACAGAAUAUCCAAAGAUGGAAGAAAGCCACAUACAAUAAGAUUAACCAUCCGUAAAUUUUCAUCAACUAAUAAAUGGUUUAGUCGGGAGAGUCGUCAGUGUCCUAUUCCCUCUCAUGUCAUUCAGAAAUUUGGGACAGGUAACUCUGAUGUUGUGGCCCCACUGGUUGGUAUCCUUAUGAAAUUGUUUAGAAAGAUGAUAAAAUUGGAGAUGCCAUUUCAUCUUACCCUUCUGAGUGUCUGCUUCUCAAAUCUUAAAGCUCUGCCUACCCUCACCAAAGGAUCCAUAGGAUUUUAUUUAACGCAGUCAUCACCCCCUUCAAGUUCUGGCAAAAAAAUGGAUGAUGUUCCACAAGUCCAAGUGAACUCUUGCAGUUUUGUACCAGAUGGAAGAAUUAGAAAUACCGGAACUAGAGAAUCUUCACUAGAAACCAAAAGCUACGCAGAAGAACCUGGAAUUCCUGUUUGCCCAAUUCAUUUGUUUCCUGCUGGCAUUGACCAGGAGGUCUUCAGUCAGCUUCCGGAAGACAUUAAAGAGGAAAUUAUUUCUGACAAAUCUGGGCAAAGGAUCCAUACAAAGCAUGUUUUGAGUCAGCCAUUACCUUUUUCUAAAGGAGCACUACCAUUUUUUGCACAAGAAGAAAUGCACACUACCCCAGAUUCCAGAAGAGCAGAUCAUAGUAUCAGCAGUCUAGUAUGCAGUGAACAUUUUCAAUCUACCAGUGAGCUGGAGACAGCCAUGAUACACAGGCCUAAUCCUAAUUGUAGUCUCAGUCUACAGGAUCCUCCUGAGUACCCUGAAAGUGCACUAAUAGAUAACUGUAUGGAACAAGUACCUAAGGAAUCACUGAAUUUCAAUAGCAGUGAUUCAAUUGUAUUGAACCUGCAAAGUCAACAUUUUCUUCAGCCUCACAGUUCAGACAGACAAGAGCAGCCCAUUGGAGCAGCCUUUCAGGAUAAAGGUCCGAGAGAGCAAGCAUCAGGAGAAGGAAGAAUUGUAUUUCCUCCUAAUGUUGACCCAGAUAUUUUUUCUGAACUACCUGCUGAAAUGCAAAAGGAACUACUGGCUGAAUGGAAGAAUCUAAAACCUGUUUCCAAAAUGCAUCAGAAUAAACCUUCUGAAAAGCUAAAAACAAACAAAGGAAAAAAGAAUGUGGUAUUGUGUUCAUCACAGUCUAACAGUUUAUUAAGAUAUUUUAAACCAAAAUGAUUAUAUAUAUAUAUAUAAUACAGAGAUGGCUGGUAUAAAACAUUUGUGGUGAUAAAAUAAGGAGGUAAUACAAUCAUAUUCAUGCAUUAAAGAAAUGUACUAUUUUAAAGUGUAAGGCGACAAAAUAGCAUACAAAAAUGGACUAUCUUAACAAUAGUGUAAAACUAUUGAUAAUUCCUUUUAAAAGUGAUUAAUACUAUGUAUUCUUGUGUUAAACUAGCAGAUUAAUGUUUUAUGUAGUCAAAGAGAGCAGCAAGAGAGACUUACUUCCCCUAAAAUGCACAUUAGAUGUGAUGAAUCCUCCAGUUGUUACUACCCAAACUAAAACAUUGCAAUCCAGUUUGAAACACUUACACUUGUUCUUGUAUCAACCAAAAUAGCAUCCAUUAGGGCAUGGGUGUUCUUGCUGUUAAAACAUUUUUUAAAAAAUGGAAAUACAGAAAAUACUGAUUUGAAUGGUGGGGCUUGUGAAACUAAUGGAAUAUAGAGGAAAAAAAGUACUGCUUUCUUAGUAGUUACAGUCCCUAACUGCUAGAGGUAAAACACAUGAGUAAUGUGAGCAGAGCAUCAUGUACAGGCCGUUCUAAUUCACAAAUAGGCUUUUACUAUUUGUAGUUGGAAUAGCCACCAAGACAGUUGUCAGCAUUUCCAGCCAUUGAUUAGGCUAGGCUCCAGUUUGGCAAGAUACUUAAGAACGUGCUUAACUACUUUGCUGAUUUACCUCAAUAUGGAUUUAGGAAUAAGAUGCUCCCCGGUUACACAAACCUGACUUACAGAAAAAGUUCCAUAAGCUCUCUUUUUUUUUUUUUUUUUUUUUUUUUUUUUUUGCAUAAUUGUCAGAGAAGUAUAAUUUAAAAAAAAAUCUUGGCCAAUGAAGACUGAUUACAAAAUUGAUGUUUAAAUGUUAGCUAAUUAUUCUUGCAAAGUAACUUGUAAUAAACACGUUUACAGUUGUUAAUACCUUGCCUGUUUUAGUCAAGAUAAAAUAACUUUGAGAUGUACUAGUCUAAUGAAAUACUUUAUUAUUAAAAUGCCAGUGCUUUUAAUUCUAGGGCAAAAUCAAAUUAUGCUUAAAUCCUAAAUACUGACUAGUUCCUGAGAGGAACAUACUAAUUGACAAUUGCUACAUAACAAAAUUAUCUCACAAUAACUUUACAUGGUAAAUAAAGUGAAAGUGUGUUACAGAACGCAUCACUGUAUCUUUAGGUUACAAUGAAGUCUGACUCUAUUUUAUGUGUUUUGAUGGCAACUUGGGUUCUGAUUUAAAAAAAAAAAAGCUUUUUCUUUAAAAAAUAGCAAAAUGUACUGUUACACUUAGUCAUUAUUUCUGCUACUAACAGAAGUGCAUGAAAUAAAACUACACAUUUACAUUCUCCAUAUAGACCACACUUAAAAUAUUAAAGAUCUCAAAUUCUUUAAUUUUAAAAUGAACUCAGGUGACAGCUGCAUAUAAUUUUAUAUGUAGACAACUUUCCUCUUAUGUUUGGCAUUGGUGUAUAAUUCUUUAGUAUCUUUAUUCCAGACCUUGCUUCAGUGAUUCCAUUUAUGAGGGUAGUAAGCAAUGCUAUCUCCACCACUCAAUGUAGGAGCAUUCCUCCCCGUUCUGGCUGGAUAAACACAAUUAGUUUGGAACGUUUUGGAUUCCUGUAAGAAAGGGAACUGAAGCUUUAAAAUAAAAUACAUAUUUAUCUAAGAGUGAGAAUUCUGGAGAGGAAUAAAUCUUUGAAUAUGAUCUACAAAAUGUAUGUGCUGAAAUACCUUCUCUGUUAAAGUGAAGGGAUGUAGUAUACAGAGUAAAUAGAAAAUGAGCUUCAGCAGACCAGUGUUACCACUUGCAUGUCUCAUGUGAUGGUGCUCUCAAUCACAAUGUCAGAAGAGGCAGUUCUGAGCCACAAAGUUGGGAUCUACAAUCAAAUCCAAAGUGUCCCCAGAGUACAACUAGUACCACAGAAAUUCAUAUAUACAAGUCAAAACCAGAUCAGUUUUAAUUUUUGUAGGUAAAAGAUUACUGUAUUUCAGAGACCUUGCUUUAUAUGUCAUUAAUACUUAUUCCAGCAGGGGUGAAUACACACAUUCACAAGGGUUUUUAUGACUCCGGAUGCAAGAUGGAGAUGGGGGGCAUUUUUGAUAGCCCAUACUGGCAGCUAAGUGAGCAAAAACCAGAAUUAAAAAUGAAGAAUCUAUGGAUUAAACAAAUCAGUCAUGUUGAUUUGAAUGUAGUUUUUAAAAAGGAAACAUUUCUUUCCCCAAAUGAUACAUAUAUUGAUAACUGUAUUAAGUUUUGUAUUGUAUUUCUAGCAAUUACAUUCUAGGCUAGAUUUCAAAAAGAUAUCUACUGAUAGGGCAAUUGUUUGCACAAAAUGCAGAUUUCUAAUAGAGCAUG